CUUGUGUUGCUUCUCUAAGCCAGGCACACCACCAUCCUCCCAUUCUCUAUCCAUUUGUUUGAAGAAGUGUUAUGGCCAAUGCUUGCCCCACAUCUACCACAAGCUCCUUGCCCCUCUUCUUCCUCUUGUGUUUCCUGCUCAUCAGUCAUGCUCUUUGCAACCAAGGAUACGAUGGCAGCAUCCCAGGUACAAAUUAUGGAGAACAAUAUCCUCACCAAGCAUUGCCUGAAGAACGUAUACAUUUCCAGGAGAGCAUCAAGGUCCUAAACAAGGAGAGACUACACAAACAUGCAAGGAGAAUGUUGAUUGGUUCGACUGCUCCAAUAUGCACAUACAACGAGUGCAGGGGGUGUCGAUUCAAGUGUACUGCCGAGCAAGUCCCUGUGGAUGCAAAUGACCCCAUGAACAGUGCCUACCAUUACAAAUGUGUAUGCCACAGGUGAUUAUUAAUAACUAAGAGGAGCUUCUGUUAUGAUAUAUCUUAGUGGAGAGCAGUAGUUUGCAUCCAUUCUACUCGUAAUUUUCCUUUUUACUCUUUCUAUGCUAAAAAGGCUUCAUUUUUUUCCCCUUUUGUUUUAACAAGAGGCUUAGCUAGUAGAGGAUCGGAGGGCAUUUUGUAUUGAAAGAUGUUCAGGCUGUGGACUAGUAAUUUUGGAAGUAAAUGUCAGAAAUUUUGAAACCCGAAGUUUGGCAUUAACAGCUUGUGUGUGCUAUUGUCCAGGUAAACAAUUCCAUGCU